AUGGCGACGUCAGGAACAUACGUGACGGAGGUUCCGUUGAAAGGGACGGUGGAUAAACACUACCAGAGGUGGAGGAGCGAGAACCAUGCCUUCCCGGAAGCCAUCGGCCACCACAUCCAAAAUGUCACCAUUCACGACGGCGAAUGGGACUCUCAUGGGGCCAUCAAGACUUGGAACUACACAUGCGAUGGGAAGCCUGAGGUAUUCAAGGAAAGAAGAGAGAUAGACGAUGAGAAGAAAACGGUGACAUUCAGAGGACUUGAAGGUCACGUGAUGGAACAGCUCAAGGUGUACGACGUCAUCUUGGAAUUCAUUCCCAAGUCGGAAGAUGGCUGCGUCUGCAAAAUUACUAUGAUAUGGGAGAAGCGUAACGAUGAGCUCCCUGAACCAAUCAACUACAUGAAGUUUGAUAUGUUAUGCUUUGAUAUGUUCUUGUAUCAAUAUAUUCCAGUGUUUAUCUAUCAAACGUUUGUGGCGAAUUUUCUAAAAGCUAUGCGUUCUUAA